UAUGACAUUUUGGAUAUUAUUUUUUCGAGGCAGGGUCUUGUGGGCCGCGGUACUGUUUGCUAUCAUGUGAGGAAGAAUGAUGAGGAGUUUAUAAUCAAGGACUACUGGGCCAUUGGAGGAAAUAAAGAAGCCUUGAAUGAAAUCAAGAUGAUGGAGAAGAUGAAAGGCGUCCGUGGUGUCCCCCAGCUGGUUGAAUAUUGGCUCGUUGAGGUCACCCCUGGCAAGGUGGAUCAAACAGUGGAAUAUCGCUACAGGUCCGUGCGAAGUCUGCAGGGUACAUUCCGUACUCACAUUCGCAUGGUCUUGAAACCCCGGGGACGACCUUUACACAAAUUCCGCACAAAGUACGAGUUGCUGGCCUCGGUACGGGAUAUCGUGCAA